AUGUCCAACCCCUCGAAGGAUCAGCCUUCCAAGGCAGACGAAAAGCCUAUUCCAUCUGAUCCCUUUCUCGUGCACCCAAAGGAGGGCAAACGUCUGGGUGCUCGCAAUCAGUAUGCUGACCCAGCUUGGCGUAUGAAGUAUCUCGUGCCUGUGAACACCGUUCCGCGUCCAGGCUUCAACACUACUGGUCGUGAAGUCGAGUUGAAACUCAAUGCGUAUCCGAUCACUCAGUUCCCCACCCGCUCGGUGUGGCAGUACGAUAUUACCAUUGGCAACAACGAGAAGCGUGCCGUGGUCAAGAAGGUUUGGAACUCGAGCGUUCGCAAGCAGAAUCUUCGCCAGAUGAUCUUUGAUGGCAACAAAUUGGCCUGGUCUUUCCACAAAUACGAGGACUUUAGCGCUGUGGUCGACCUCGAUCAGGAAGAGGGUCGAGCUCCGACCGGCAUCAAGCCUAACAAGUUUCGCCUUUUCUGUCAUCGCACCAAGCAGGUGAACUUGGCCGUCAUUGAUGCAUGGCUUUCUGGACGUCAGACCUUUGACGAAUCGAUUCUGGAAGCUCUGAACUUCCUCGACCACUUGAUGCGUGAGUAUCCAAGCACCAAGUACAGCUGCUUCAAGCGCUCCUUCUACAAUGAGAAAAUCGAAUCCGAGGAUCUGCAUGACGGCGUCAUUUGCUACAAGGGCUACUACCAGGCUAUCCGUGCCGCCCUCCCUGGCCGUCUUGUUGUCAACGUUGAUGUUGAAAAUACCGCAUUCUGGGCGCGAAUUACUCUCGCCGGACAAGCUCGUGCGUUUGUGAACGCUCGUGACUACUGGGAAGUCGGCCGCCGUACGCAGCCCAAGGAUGACGGCUACUUCGGACACAUGGGAACCACCGAGUGGAAUCUCAUCUACGAUCGGAUCCGCAAACUUGAGGUUCAACCAUUUUACAAGGGUUGUCCCGUGAAUCGCACUUUCUUCGUCAAGGGCCUCGUCCUGGCCGACACGAACCAGUUCACCAUUGAUUACAAGGACAAGGCCACUGGCAAAACCGAGAAGUUGACGAUGUUCCAGUACUUCAAAAAGCGUUACAAUGUCAUUCUCGAAUACCCCAACUUGCCGGUUGUUGAAAUGACAAAGAACGGUGUCUUUUACCCUAUGGAACAUCUUGUCAUCGUGGGACUUCAGCGUUACCCAUACAAGCUCAAUGAUGAACAGACUUACCGCAUGCUCAAAUUCGCGGUUCAACGUCCACAGGCUCGCUUGGCUAGCGUCCAGGAAUCCAAGAAAGCGCUGGACCAUGCAAAUGAUCCUGUCCUGAAGUCUUUCGGACUCAAAGUCGGUGACGAAAUGAUCAAGACGAAGGCUCGUGUCCUUCCGAACCCCGAAAUUCAAUUUGCUAAUCAGAAGCACAACCCCGGGGUCACUGGCCGCUGGGAUUUGCGCGGCAAGAAAUUCCUCAAGACCAACCGCGUUCCCCUCAAGUCUUGGGGCUGCGGCAUCAUCGUAUACAAGCGCAACACGCUCGAAAUGACCCAAGCUGAGAACUGGAUCGACGGUUUCAUGAAGCAGUACGCUGGCCACGGAGGCAAGAUUGAGAAUCGACCUGUGAUCAUGCUUUUGAAGGACGACAUCGCCGACGCGAUCGAGAAGUUGUACGAAAAGGUCGGAAACCAUUUCAGGAAGACCCCGCAACUUCUUAUUUUCUUUGCUCCCAACAAGGACUCCUGGCCAUAUCUGCGCAUCAAGAAGUCUUGUGAUUGCCGUUGGGGUGUCCCCUCCCAGGUUCUGCAAUCGCAGCAGGUCGUGAAAAUGAACACUCAGUACAUGUCCAACGUGGCCAUGAAGAUCAACGCAAAGCUCGGCGGUGUAACUGCUCGCUCGGUCCCGCGCGUUACUGACGCCUCUCUCCGACCCGGUUCCAUCAUUAUUGGAGCCGAUGUUUCCCACGCUACUCCUGGAAGUUGGGCCCCGUCAAUGUCGGCCAUCGCGGUUUCGGCAGACGAGUAUGGUGCUAAAUACAUGGGCAAUUGCGAGACUGGUUAUCGCCACGUUGAAAUCAUUGAAGAGCAAAACAUGAAGGAAAUGCUUAUCCCGAUGAUCGAUGAAUGGACUGCGACUGUUGGGAAGGGACGUCGCCCACAGUACGUCUAUUACUUCCGCGACGGCGUGUCCACCGGCCAGUUCUCCCACGUCCUUGAACACGAGGUGCCCGUCAUCAAACAAGUGAUCAUGCACAACAGCACUGAAAAGGUGCCUCCCAAGAUCUGCGUCGUGAUCGCCAACAAACGCCAUCAUUUGCGUGCUUUCCCGCGUCCGGACGACAAGAAUGCGGCGGAUCGCAACGGUAACCCGGUUCCAGGGACUCUCAUCGAGCGCGACAUUACUAGUCCCCACGAUUGGGAUUUCCUGCUGUACCCUCACAUCGCUCUGCAAGGUACUGCUCGUCCGGUACACUACCAUGUGAUCCUGGAUCAGAUCGGGCACAAGCCCCACCAGCUUCAGAACAUGAUCUACGAUCAUUCCUACCAAUACGUUCGUUCAACCACUUCGGUUUCAUUGUUCCCCGCAGUGUACUAUGCCCACCUUAUCUCUAACCGUGCUCGCCAUCACGAGAACGUUCCUUCCAAGUCUGGUCCUCAAAGCGGACCUUACAUCAAACUGACCGACUUGAAGGAAAAGAAGCCGCAAUACCCGGGCGCCGAGCCGAAACGUUUGCUGCCGAUGGUUCAGAAUGAAACCAGAAAUCACCUUGAGAUGUGGUUUGUCUAG